GUUUCACUUUAUCACGUCACCGGAGUGUUGAAAAAAAAAAUAAAAAGGAAAAACAAAAGAAAAGAAAAAGUCUCUGUCUCUUUCGUCGUUGGUCGUUCGCGUUGAUCUCAGAUUCAGUCUUCGCCAUGGCGGAGGGAGCUGGUUAUGGGUUGCGUCGUCCAUUAGAUAUUCAGCAACUACAAUUUGAAGCCCAGCAUAGGUGGUUGCGGCCUGCAGAAAUUUGUGAAAUUCUUCGUAAUUAUCAGAUGUUUCAAAUCACUUCAGAACCUCAUAACAGGCCACCAAGUGGUUCACUUUUUCUAUUUGAUAGAAAGGUUUUGAGGUACUUUAGAAAGGAUGGACAUAAUUGGAGAAAGAAAAAGGAUGGAAAGACCGUGAAAGAAGCUCAUGAAAAGUUGAAGGUUGGAAGUGUUGACGUGUUGCAUUGCUACUAUGCCCAUGGAGAAGAUAAUGAACAUUUUCAAAGGCGAAGCUACUGGAUGCUAGAACCGGAUAUGAUGCACAUAGUAUUUGUCCAUUACUUGGAAGUUAAGGGUAACAAAAAUAUUGUAGUAAAUACUGAAGGUGACGAGGUCCCGCUAGAUUCCCAAAAGGUUACUUCACUUAGCACAGAUUCCAUCAGCCCAUCAUCCAGUUUGAUGUCUUUACGUGAAGAUGCCGAUUCUGAGGAUGUCUACCAAGCUAGUUCUGGGUUGCGGCCACUACAUGAGUCACAACAUAUGGGGAAUGGUCCAUUGCCAGAAAAGAUCGAUGCUGGUUUGAAUAGUUCAUAUCAUACGAGUCCCUUUUCAGGUGAUCAUGGACAGUCAUCAAUUUCUGGAACAGAUUAUAUCCCAGUUGUUCACGGGGAUAAAUUUAGAGGAAAUGACACUCCUUAUUUUGAUGGUGAGAAAACACAUGGCAUGGCACCAUGGGACACUGUCUUGCAAAGCACUGCCAAAUUGCACAAUGAUCCUUCUCUUGCAUCGUUUCCUUCCAUCCCUCCUAGUUCAAUGGGUAAUGUCCUUGAACAAGAACAUACCAUUUAUGGUGACCUUUUAACAGGCAAAAGAGAUCUCACUGAGGAAGAAGAGAGCUCUCGGUCUUUCCAACCGAGUUGGCAGAUUCCUUUUGAAGACAAUUCAGGAGACAUGCCAAUGUCAAGCCAGAAUCAACCAUUUGGUCUGCAUUAUGUAUCUGAUUAUGGCACCGGUUUACUAGGGUAUGGAGCUCGUAAUGCAAGCUCUGAAAUUGCUCCAAUCCUGUACAGUUUCAAUGGUGAUCCAAAAGAGCAGCUUUUGCAGAAAAACUAUCCACAAGAGCAUGCAGAUGGACAAUCUCAGCAUACUCUAAAAUCCAAUUCUGCAAAUAAAGUUCCUGAUGAAGAAUCUAUCAACUAUGGCUUAACUGUGAAGCGUACGUUAUUGGACAAAGAUGAGAGCCUGAAGAAGGUUGAUAGUUUCUCUCGUUGGGUUACUAAAGAACUUGGAGAGGUAGCUGAUUUGAAUAUGCAGUCCACACCUGGUAUUUCAUGGAGUACAGAUGAAUGCCAGCAUGUGAUAGAUGAUAGCUCAUUGAGCCCAUCUCUCUCUCAGGACCAACUGUUUAGUAUAAAUGAUUUUUCACCUAAAUGGGCUUAUGCUGAGUUAGAUAUUGAGGUGUUGAUUAUUGGAUCAUUUUUGAAGAGUCAACCAGAGGUGACAACAUGUAACUGGUCCUGUAUGUUUGGGGAAGUUGAGGUUCCAGCUGAGGUUUUAGCUGAUGGAAUUUUGUGCUGCCAAGCUCCCCGUCAUAAAGUUGGACGGGUCCCAUUCUAUGUAACAUGUUCCAAUAGGCUAGCUUGUAGUGAAGUGCGGGAAUUCGAUUUCAGAGAAGGCUUUGCUAGAAAUGUAGAUUUUGCAGAAUUUUUUGGCAGUUCAACUGAAAUGCGCAUUCAUUUGCGACUGGAGAAAUUUCUUACUUUAAAGCCAGUGAACCCUUCAAACCAUUCUUUUGAGGGUGAUAUGGAGAAAAGGAACUUAAUUUUCAAGCUUAUUUCACUGAGAGAGGAAGAGGAAUAUUCUAUUAAGGACGAGCCAACUAAAGAAGUGGAUAUAUCCCAACACAUGGUGAGGGAGCUUCUUUUUCACAGGCAGGUUAAAGAGAAGUUGUACUCAUGGCUUCUUCACAAAGUAACUGAGAAUGGUAAAGGACCAAAUGUAUUAGAUGAGGGUGGGCAAGGUUUGCUACACUUAGCAGCUUUUCUUGGUUAUGACUGGGCCAUAAAUCCAAUUAUAGCUGCUGGAGUUAAUAUCAACUUCCGAGAUGUGAAUGGAUGGACAGCUCUUCACUGGGCUGCAUUCUGUGGCAGAGAGCGGACAGUUGCUCUCCUGGUCUCCAUGAGAGCAGAUUGUGGUGCAGUGACAGAUCCAUCUCCUGCAUUUCCGUCAGGUAGACCAGCUGCAGAUCUUGCCUCUGCAAACGGGCACAAAGGAAUCUCUGGUUUUCUUGCUGAGUGUUCAUUAACUCAAAAUCUUGAAUCCCUCAAAGUGGAUGAUCAAAAUGGUAGUCGGCAAGAAAUUUCAGGAAUGAAAGUGGUGCAGACAGUUUUAGAACGAACUGCAACACCUAUGCUCUAUGGUGAUAUGCCAGAUGUCCUCAGCAUGAAGGAUUCGCUCACUGCUGUCCGAAAUGCAACACAAGCUGCUGAUCGUAUACAUCAAGUAUUCAGAAUGCAGUCAUUUCAGAGGAAGAUGUUAACUGAGUAUGAGGGUGAUGAUGAGCUUGGAUUGUCAGAUCAGCAAGCUCUAUCUCUUCUAGCUUCUAGGGCCUGUAAAUCUGGACAAGGACAUGGUUUAGCCAAUGCUGCUGCAAUACACAUACAGAAAAAGUUUCGUGGUUGGAAGAAGAGAAAAGAAUUUUUGAUGAUUCGGCAAAGAGUUGUUAAAAUCCAGGCCCAUGUAAGAGGUCACCAGGUACGGAAACAGUAUAAACCAAUCAUCUGGUCUGUGGGGAUCCUAGAAAAGGUCAUAUUACGUUGGAGGCGCAAGGGUAGUGGUUUGCGUGGAUUUCGACCAGAUGCGCUUAACAAAGUCCCCAGUCAACAAAAUGAUUCUCAGAAAGAGGAUGAUUAUGAUUUCCUCAAGGAGGGACGGAAACAAAAGGAAGAAAAGAUCCAAAAGGCCUUAUCAAGAGUGAAGUCCAUGGUUCAGUAUCCAGAGGCACGUGCCCAAUACCGACGUCUGCUAAAUGUUGUCGAGGACUUCCGUCAAACCAAGGGAACUAACGAGGGUUUGACCAGUUCUGAAGGGACAGUUGAUGGUAUGGAGGAUUUAAUUGAUAUUGAUAUGCUUUUAGACGACGAUAAUUUCAUUCCUAUAGCAUUUAACUGAUCCUGCACUGGCUACUCCCAUCUUCACCUCUGUAAAUACAUGUGGCCAGUUUGGCUAUAUUUGGCAUUGGGGAGUCCUAACAUCGUCUUCAUGUAUAUAUUUGUGGGCAAAAUUACUUGUAUCCAACGCUGCAUAUAAAUAGAUUAUGAUACCUAGUACGCACUUUGGUUUCACAGUUCAGAUGUAAUGAAACAUGAUUUUUAUUUUAUUUAUAUGGUUUAAUUAGUAUGACAGGAUAAUUCUGUUUAUAGAUGGUUGGGGGUCAUGACAUAAUGAUGUAACUUGCUAAAGUAUUAAACUGCAAUUUGUACAAAAGUACACAGUGGCCAGAAAAAUUAUGUAAUUAUAUACUGAGUGCUAAUUAUGAUAUCA